AGAUGGAUUUCGAUUCUCAUGUUUUUUUUUUAACAUUUAAAAAAAACUUUUAUUUUUCGGAUUUUAUGUUUAUUAUGUUCAGAUCACACACAGAGAAAGCGAGCUGAAGAGAGAAAAGAAAAGAACAGGAUUUAUAAAUUUGUCGCAAUACUUAAAUUCAACAACGCAGAUUUUCGCGACUCCAAAUCAAAUCCCCUUUGCUGAAGUAUUGAGGAGGAGUUUUUCCAGAUGCUAAUCGUUAUGAUGUGUGGGGUUACAUGCUGAGAAAACAAGGUAUCACUUGAAUCUGGAAAGAAGUUUGUCUUACGUGAUUCAGAAUAGUAAUAUGAGGCUUGAAUCAGGGACUUGUAAUGUGUGUUCAGCUCCCUGUUCAUCUUGCAUGCAUCUUAACCAGGCAGAAGAGUUUUCUGAUGAAAACGGGCGCUCAGGGGAGGCUGGUCAGAGUUCUGUGAAUGAGGGUAAUGUACAUUCUCUUAGUAGCAGAGCUUCUGAAAACUUGCAGCAUGAUGUCAGUGAAACCAGUAAUAUGCUCAGUAUUAAUUCAAGUCAUGAUUCUCUAUCUGAAAAUGCCGAGAGUAGACAGAUCUUGAUGAAUAAGUAUCAGGAUACCAAACAUUCAGAAGGUCACGAUGACAACGCAUCUUGUAUCAGUAGAGCAUCUGAUGCCAAUUUAGUAAAUGAUAGCCAUCAAAGGAAUGCAGACAGAAUAAAUAUACCUUGUAGUUCAGCUUCAGCUAGUCAUUUUGGGGUGGAACGGUCUGGAAUUGCUCCAUCUGUUGAGGAGACUCCGUCUUCUAAAGAUGUAGAGACUGACCAUAGUUCACCUACGAUACAAAGACAGCAUGGACAAUCUCAAAAUGAUAAAUCUCUUUCAGAUAAUCCAAGCUUAAUUCACAUGGAAAGGGACUCGAAUUCUCAGAUACCAGAAAAAAUUUCAGAAUGCUCUAUAGAGAAUUGCAAUUCAUCAUUAACUAAAGAGAGUGCACCCAUUGUUGUUUCUGGUGAGAAAUGUGCUACAAACAAGGAUAAACUUAUUGACGACACUUCCAAUGUUUCACUAAAAGUAUGUCCAAAGUCACAAGCAGAUCCUGAUAAUGAUGUUUGUGAUGCUAAAGUUGAAGACUGUAAAUGUUCAGUCCAUUAUGAACAUAACGAGAAAGGUGAAGAGCUGAUUAAAUCACCUGGCAAGCAGGAAUCUCAAUCUGAAAAUGAGAGUGACGAAUCAGAUGUUGUUGAACACGAUGUGAAGGUGUGUGACAUCUGUGGAGAUGCUGGUCGUGAGGAUCUACUUGCCAUAUGUUGCAGGUGCACUGAUGGUGCAGAGCACACCUACUGCAUGCGAGAAAUGCUUGAGAAACUCCCUGAAGGGGAUUGGUUCUGUGAAGAAUGCCAAGACGCAGUGGAAGCUGAAAACAAGAGGCCGGAUGCCGAAGAAAAAAAAAUUGUGAAAACUACUUCCAUGUCACAAGUUUCUGGCAAAAGACUUUCUGACAACAUUGAAGUGGCUCCUCCAGCAGCAAAAAGGCAAACACUUGAAUCAAGCAAAGGAUCACCAAAGGCGUCAAGCCCCAAGAAAUUGGUUCCACUGUCACGAGAAUCUUCAUUUAAGAGCUCAGAUAAAUUAAAAGGGAAGUCUGGUCUUCUGAUGCCUCUCCGAAACCUCUCUGGUGGUGAUGAUACACAUCCUGCUCGAUCUUCUUCCAUUGGUCCCCGGGGUCAAAUUUCAAAGAGUAUGUUGUUGAAGUCUAAUUCAUCCAAUAACUUAAAUUCCAAGCCUAGAGUCAAAAUUGUUGAUGAAAUAUUUCCACCAAGACCAAAAGGAGGUAGUGAACAAACUUCUAAGAAUGUGGAGCCAUCUCCUCGGAUAACAAGCAGAUCGACAUUAUUCAAAUCCUCUAGUUUGGGGCGAUCAAGUGCAAUUGAAUCAAAAGUUAAAAUGCUUUCACCCAAGUCUGCAACUACUCAGGACUUGAAAGGCUCUAGACAUUUAAAAGAAUCAGGUGCAUUGGAUCGAAAGUAUCUGUCUAGGAAUGACCGGCAUGUGGCUAGUUCUGCCGUUUCCACACCUAAGGGUGAUCAGAAGCUUACACCUCGGGGUGAAGCCAUUAUUAAACCUUCAGCAGUUAAUAAUCGAGAGUUGAAGAUUAACCAGGAUGGAAAAUUGAAUGCGCCAUCAAAGUCAAUGAACAAUAUAAGCCGUAAAAGUUUAGAGCCUCAAGGUAGUUCAGAGAGAACAUCAUCCAGUAAUGAUGAAGCUGUACAGGAUGCACUGCCUCGAUCCCGAGAGACAGCAAAUCAGGUUGAGAAAUCCAGAGAGAGUCUUAGUAACCGUGUAAGACCAGUUGUUCCCACAGCACUAAAAAGUCCAUUUUGUCAAAAAUGUGAGGAAUUUGGCCAUUCUAUAGAAUGCUGCACAGCUGGUACUCUACAAGAAUCUGGUGCUGAAUUAUCUCUCACCGCCUCAAGUAUCUCAAAAGAGGAGGUGCAUAAAGACAAUAAAUUGAAAGCUGCAAUCCAGGCGGCUGCUUUACUUAAAAGACAAAUUUACAGGAAGAAAGAAGUAUCCAGUCAAAUUGAUGAAAUUUCUACAUUAGGCACAGAGUUGAAUUGUGAAGUGACUUCACAAGACCAAGUGUUGGUUUCUAACACACUCAAGAAUAGUAUAUCUACUGAAGAAACUCGUGAACAGCAGGAAGUCCUUGAAAAUUCUACAUCUGAUUCUUCCAAAUGUACAUCUGCCGGCGAUUUGAAGAAACUUAACUCUAGCUCAACUGAUCUUUGUUCCCAACUAGGAAAGUCGGGUUUAGUUGAUCUUAAUGAUCUAAAGCCUUUAUUGAGAGACCUGUCUAAUAAAGAUCUGGCAAUCUCAAAUGUUCUUUCGAAGAUGUUGGCCUUUCCUGAAUACGAAUACAUAUGGCAGGGUGUCUUUGAAGUGCAUAGAAAUGAGAAGUCUCCAGAAUUAUAUACUGGAGUUCAGGCACAUUUAUCCUCUUCUGCAUCUCCUAAGGUUCUUGAGGCACUGACCAAGUUUAGUUCCGAAGUUUCUCUCAACGAAGUUUCUCGCUUGAGCACAUGGCCGUCACAGUUUCAUCAUGGUGGUGCUAGAGAAGAUAAUAUUGCUCUUUAUUUCUUUGCCAGGGAUGUUGAAAGCUAUGAGAGACACUACAGGGGACUAUUGGAUCACAUGAUUCAAAAUGAUUUAGCACUUAAAGGAGUUUUUGAUGGUGUUGAACUUCUCAUAUUCCCAUCCAAUCAGCUUCCGGAAAGUUCACAACGCUGGAAUAUGUUGUUUUUCUUAUGGGGUGUAUUUAGGGGGCGGAGGACCAAUCAUUCAGGUUCUGCAAAAAAGAUCUGUAUUCCAAGUUUGAAUGUACUGCCAGUUGAGGAAAAUUCUUCAACUGCUGAUGUGAUGUUGUCUGAGCAUUUUUUGUCAAAGGGCAUCAAUGAAAAAUCAAUUAAUUCCGACAAAGUAUGCAAUGCACUUCCUUCGUUCACUUCCAUAGAUCGAUCUCCUUUUACUGUGAGUAGGAAUACUGAUAUCAAUCGCCAGACACAUUUGUAUUCACAACAAGUAAGCUUAGAGAAGCCAGAUGGUAGAAUCGAUAGCAACACUAUAUCAAGGGUUCCAAUAAGCUGUAACCAUUUAUGUCAAUCAACGAAAUCCACUGGUUCAUCCCUGGAAGCUAGUGUACUAGAGGAUGAGCGGUGCAGAGAGUCUAUAUCUCCUGAAGAAUUGGGAACAGGUGUAAGUAGCAAGAUGGUGGAAGCAAAAACUGAUUCUGCUAUUUCUGACAAGACAGAGAAAACCCUCUGUUGGGAAAUUCCUUCUGUUAGCCAACAAGAAAGAGAUGCUGCCUACAAUAUUAGUAAGAAUGAACUUAUGGAGAAAACGAAAUAUGAUGAAGAUCAGCAAAGGACCAGGAGGAAACAGAAAGAAGAUUGUCGCUAUAUUGAUUUGGAGGAAACUAUCGAGAAUUACGAAACAUGUGCUGCAAGAAAUAUUGUUAAGGAUAAAGCUUCUGAAAGAUUGAACAUUGAUGAAGAUCAGCAAAGGCCUAAGAGGAAACAGAGAGAUGGUCUUUACAUUGACUUGGAGGCAGCUGUUGAAAAUCAAGGAAUAGAUGCUGUAAUCAAUAUAACUAAGGAUAAACUUUCAGAGAAGAAGGAAGAUAAUGAAGAUCAGCAACGGCUUAAGAGGAAAGCAAAAGAUCGUCACUAUAUUGACUUGGAGGCUCCUCUACAGGAAGACAUGUCUUCAGAAGGGGUCGAGUACCAUCUACCCAAUGAUAAAGAAGUUCAUCAUGUUGAUCUAUCAGUAGUUGGCUGUCCAAAAUUGCUUUGGAAUGAGGUAAAUGAGAAAUUAGAAGAUGGAGAAGGUUCCAGAAAGAAGUUAAGGACAAGUUUUGGCGGGACGUCUGGACUUUAUAGUUCUGCAGGAAGAGACUCAUUUAAUGACAGUUUGACAUCUCUUGGAAAUGAUCUUGGUUCUUGUUCUUCAGUCGAGGACAAAGGAUGCGAAGUAGCUUCCAAUGAAAAAAUAAUCCGUGAGGACUUUGGAACGAUGGUAAGAACCUUCUUUCCCGUUGAUACACAGAAUACCAAUGGCUCACAAUUGGGACAGAAUACCAUGUCAUUGAAAGGGAUUCAUGUCCGUGAGGGUGUGAUUCCAAAUCUAAAUCUUGCUUUAGGGGAAGAAACAGAACUGCCAUUGCCCCAUCCUCCUCCUGCUGCCCCUAAGGGUAUGCUGCCGCCUUUUCUAGUUGGGGCUGUAGACAAGAAAAAUAACCGUCCAGAUAGUUUGACAGAGGACGACGUUGCUGCUGCUUCACUUUCCCUCUCUCUAUCGUUUCCAUCUUCAAACAAGGAAAACACACAAACUUCUUCAAAAGCAGAGCUUUUACCUGAUGGUCACAGUGUGAAUCCCCCUUUUCUCCUUUUUGGGAGAUACACUGACAAAUAAAUCGUCUGCUAUAUAUUUCCUGUUUGUCGUGUAAAUUAUCUUGUUCAGCAUAGCCCAUCGUGUAUGAUAGAUAAUCUUCAAGCACCCGUUCAAAGGAGCCAUCAUCCAAACAACAAAGAGUCAAUAAGUUUUCUUUUUUAAUAAUGUCAAAUACAUGUUUUUAUAGUAGUAGCUUUUUGUUGUCACAAUAUAGUUACGGCUGUUUUUGUAAAUAGGGAGAAUUCAAGCCGGCAUAAUUACUGAAUUUUACUAGGAACUUGCGGAUGACUUUUUUAUGGCAGGAUUUCCUCUGUUCCUGGCUC